AUGGCUCCUCCUGCUUUUUCCGAUAUCGCCAAACCAAGUUUGGAUCUCCUGAAUAAGGAUUUUUACCAUACCGCUGCGGCCACUCUGGAAGUAAAAUCGAAAGCGCCAAACGGCGUUGCCUUCACUGUCAAAGGGAAGAGUGAUCAUAAGAGCGGGAUCAAUGGACAGCUCGAGGCCAAGUACACAGAUAAGCCAACCGGUCUUACCUUGACGCAGGCAUGGACUACUUUCAAUGCCCUUGACACGAAGGUUGAGCUUGACAAUACCAUUGCAAAUGGUCUUAAGGCCGAGGUCCUCACCCAGUUUCUCCCCGCUUCCAAGAACACUGGAGCGAAGUUGAACCUCCACUUCCGCCAACCAAAUUUCCAUGGCAGAGCCUUUUUCGAUCUUUUGAAGGGACCUACCUUCAAUGGUGACCUUACCGUUGGUCACGAAGGAUUCCUGGUUGGGGCAGAGGUCGGAUACGAUGUCACUAGCGCCAAAAUCACUCGCUACGCAGCUGGCCUAGGGUAUUCUGUACCCGAAUACACCGCUGCUAUCACUGCUAGCAACAACCUCAGCGUCUUCUCCGCCAGCUAUUACCACAAAGUGAACUCUCAAGUCGAAGCUGGCGCUAAGACUACAUGGGACGCGAAAGGCACCUCCGCUGUUAGUCUCGAGGUUGGAAGCAAAUAUAAGCUUGAUUCCCUAGCUUUUGUCAAGGCAAAAAUCAACAAUGCGGGCAUAGCAGCUCUAGCCUAUAACCAAGUCCUAAGGCCCGGUGUUACAAUCGGCCUAGGUGUUUCAAUCGAAACCCAACGGCUCAACGAGUCUGCACACAAGUUCGGUGCAUCUUUUACCUUCGAAGGUUAA